AUGUCUACAUUAUCUGAAUAUAUUAUUGAUUUAGAAGAAUUUGAUGAAACAUUAGAAUAUGAUCCUUUUGUAAAUAGAAAAGUAAUGAAUACUGAAGAAAUAAAACAAGAUGACAAAUAA